AUGGCCUCAACCUCAUCCAGCAUUGUUUUUGACGACAUUUUUACGACUGAUGCCAUCGACAAGGAUGGCAAAAAUUCGAUCGAGGUACGCGUUUAUUCAUGCGCAACACUUUUUACUUUAUCUCGGUUAUACGCUCAUUCAAAAAACUAUGGCAUGGACUUGACACUUGACUAUAACAUCGAGCUCUUUCCUUUAGUGAAUGGUGACAGUUUUGCGAUGGCCCUUGCUUCGUCGCUAUCACGAGAUGGUGGUGCACCCACCGCAGACGGCGAAGAUAAAGAUAGAGACGUAUGGAGACCAGAUGGUAAAGGAAGGAGAGGUUUGGAAGAAGAUUAUGACUAUGUUAUGUAUGAGAAGGUGUAUAAGUUUGAUACUGGAUCUUCCGAUAUUGCCUACGCGUCAUUCGGUGGACUUUUGCUAUCAAUUACAGGCUCAUAUCGUCAUUUGACCAAUGUCGUUCUCGGCGAUCCUGUGUACGUACUACUCAGAAAAUGA